AUGCCACUUUUGUGGAGUGCAGACGCCGAGAUGUUACGAGAGAGAGCGCUCGGAGGCCCAACAUGACAACAGCGACAGUCACGUGUGUGUUGCCUGUUACUUCCUCAAUGUUGACACACUAGAAAUACUUCUGCUUUGUUAGUAUCAGAUCACUUGUUAUACGCUUCGGCGGAGGCGGCCAUGAGAGACGAUCCAGAUUUUAAUAUUUCAUUUGUAUCUUUGAUAGAGAAACAGAGGUGUCUGUUCGAUUUUAGUUGUGCCGAGUACAAUAACAGAAAUAUUCAGGAAAGGGCAUGGGAAAAAAUCGCAAAGGAAGUUUCAGGUUCAGUGUUGGAGUGUAAAGAACGGUGGAAAAAUUUAAGGGCGUCUUUCACAAGAUACUUGAAGUCAAUUAAAUUGUGUUCUGGCGAUGGAAAUAGAUAUAAGAAGCCUUAUUAUCUGGCGGAAUAUAUGCAUUUCUUGAAACCUUUCACAAAAUCGAGGAAGCAAAUCGGAAAAUUACAACAUGUAGGCCUAUCUUCGGAACCAGACGCCGAGGAGCAGGGCUAUGACAAUGGAAUGGAGUCGCCCGAACCGGCGUCACAGUUUCUCCGCGACGACGAGCAAGAGAAUGGGGCACAACGCCAGAAUGAAGAUUCUAUUAUGAAUGUGGGAAAAUGGCAGGAAGAUGUACCCGAAGAUUUCGGUACACCAACCACUAAGAGAAUAAAAAGGACUAUAUCAGUAGAAGAUGUAAAUAGAUCGGAAUUUGAAUUUUAUCGAUCCAGGAGGCACUCAGGGCAAAACGAAGUCGAAGAUCCGGACUUAUCGUUUUUUAAAAGUGUUCUUCCAGAUAUAAGAGAGAUGAACGCAGAGCAAAAAAGGCGUUUCAAAAUUGGAAUACUAAACUUAGCUCAACAGAUACUGAAAGAACACAGCGGAUCUUCGCUAACAGAUACUGCCAGACCAAGUAAUUAAGGUUAUUACAUGGAUCUACCAUUUCUGUCAUCAGCAGCGUCAGACGCCUUCAGUUUCGGCGUAGCUUCUGGAGGAAUUACGGCAACAGAAUUAGAAUUUCGAUAAGAUCUAAAAGUUUGUGACGAUGAUGCAUUGGUGCAAAUAUUAUGUUUUUGGACAUUAUUCGUCGUCUUG